GAGAGAGACAGAGACAGAGGGGAAAAGACAGAGAGACAGAGAGAGAGAGACAGAGAGAGAGAGAGAGAGAGAGAGAAAGAGACACAGAGACAAGUAACAGAGAGAGAAAGGGAAAGAGUCACAGAAAGACAAGAGGAGGAAAAGGAGGUGGAGAUGGAGGAAGAGGAGGAGGAGAAGGAAGAAGAGGAGGAGGAGAAGGAAGAAGAGGAGGAGGAGGAG